AUGGCCGAAGAUACAAAGACAAAUGACGAAGCGAUGGAAGAUCUCGUUCAAUAUCUCGAGAAAACGUACCCCAAGCCGCACGACUGGGCGCUCGAUUUGUCAAUCUUCUUCAAGGCACUCGCGAUGAAGCACUUCAACUCCAUGGCGUAUGUAGAAGACGGCGAAGUCACUUUCAAAAGUUUGAUAAAGAUUUUGAAGGAAUUAUCGACCGACUGUGGUUCGAAUAUGACAAUGGCAAUAUUCACUACUAUUUUGCGUCAAGUCUUCCCCACAUACGCCCAAGACGUCAAGGCCAGUGUUCUCAACUUCGAGACCAACGGUGCUUACACCCUUUGCAUCACCGAAGACACUCCCACUUCCGCGCUUAGCAACCUCACUCUCAACGGCAAAUGCCCUGCUACGAUUACUAUCAGCGUCCAGAAGAAAGACGAUACCACUGCUAGUGUGAAGGACAACAGCGAUGCCAAGUUGGAGGGAUUGUAG